GGGCCGCGCGGAGCGGGCCCGGGUUCGGCAGGGGGACUCCGGCACCCCGCGGGAACGGCGCGGCUGGGGCCCUGCCCGGUCCCCCUCACAGCGCCCACCGCUCGAGCGGGCCUUCGGGGGAAGCGUCGUCCGCGGGCCAACUCCAAGCGGGCCGCUACCUCAGGCCCCCGUCCGGAACGCCAGCGGAGGGUCCUCGGGUGGGAACGUAGGUAUCCACAACGGAUGCCUGAAUUCCUCGGAACCAGAUGCGGAGGACACCCUCGCACAACCCGGAAGCCAUUUUUUGAGGGCCACACCCUAAGUCUUGGGUUUGUGUGUGCUAGCUUCUGAUUGGCCAAUGUUAAUCUCAAAACUGCGAUGCCCUCGUCGUUACGGCAGAGAUGCGGGCGCCCUCGCCUUGGCCGCCAGCAGACGUCUUCAGCGUAGGACCGCUUUCCGGAGGGGGGGCGGGGCUGGUCACUGGGUCAGCCCCGGGCACGUGACCGGAGGCGGGACGCGGGAGAGCCCCGGGAGUCCCUGACCGGGGGCUGACAUUCUUUCGCCCGCGCUGUGCUCCUUUCCGGGUCUCAGACCCCAAGCACCGAGGAAGGGAGGCCGGAGGCCGGAGCCUGAGCCCGGAGGCCGGGCAGCCCCUGCGUGCUGCCGAGAACCGGCGGACCCGAGGCUGCCGGCCCCUAGCGCCGCCGACGCUCCUGGUGCGCUUCCUGUUUCGUCAUGGCGAGAUUCUGGCUGUGCGCGGGCGGCACCGUCUUUUUCCUUGCAUUUCUGAACUUACAUUCGCGCUUUUCCGGCUCUUCGGUUUUAAGAGAGUUUAUUUUUCAAAUUUCGUGGAGAACUGAGGAAAUUCUUUACAGGCUGGAUGUGGGUUGGCCUAAACAUUCAGAGUACUUUACUGGAGCAACAUUUUGUGUUGCAGUUGACUCCCUGAAUGGACUGCUUUACAUAGCCCAAAGAGGGGAUAACAUCCAAAAAGUACUAGUGUUCACAGAGGAUGGAUAUUUCCUACGAGCUUGGAAUUACACAGUUGACACACCUCAUGGUAUGUUUGCAGCCAGUACACUGUAUGAACAAUCCAUUUGGAUCACGGAUGUAGGAAAUGGAUCCUUUGGUCAUACUAUUAAAAAAUAUAAUUCCUUUGGUGAUCUUGUUCAAGUCUUGGGUACCCCAGGCAAAAAAGGCACUGGUUUGAAUCCCCUGCAGUUUGAUAACCCUGCAGAAUUAUAUGUAGAGAACACAGGAGAUAUUUACAUUGUGGAUGGAGAUGGAGGAUUGAAUAAUAGAUUGAUCAAGUUGUCCCAAGAUUUCAUGAUGCUUUGGUUGCAUGGAGAAAAUGGGACAGGGCCUGCUAAGUUCAACAUACCUCACAGUGUUACAGUUGAUUCAUCUGGUCGGGUAUGGGUUGCUGACCGAGGAAAUAAAAGAAUUCAAGUAUUUGAUAAAGACACUGGUGUGUGGUUAGGAGCAUGGAAUAAUUGUUUCACAGAAGAGGGACCUUCUUCAGUCAGAUUUACACCUGAUGGGAAGUAUUUGAUUAUAGCCCAGCUGAAUCUUAGCAGGCUCUUAUUUGUGGCAGCACCCCCAGUGGGAAGCAUUGGCUACUGUUCUGUGAUAAGCUCAAUCCAACUAGCAGAUCAAGUUUUACCUCAUCUCUUAGACAUCAGUGGAAAGACUGGAGCAAUAUAUGUAGCAGAAAUUGGAGCAAAACAAGUACAAAAAUAUGUCCCUUUGAAAAGCUAAUUUCCCAUCAUUCCAUUUAUAAUAUGUCUCUCCCUGGAGAUCUUUCCAAUGAAGGUUGAGAUUCUCAAAUUGACUGUUAAGUAAUGUUCAAGCACAAUAAUUCAUGUUUUUAUUUUUAGCUGAUCUAGUAUCAGAAAAUUUGUUUUUAUAAAGUCAUUAAGAAUUUUA